ACCCACAGCUUUGAAAAGGCAGCACUUCCGCAUGGAAGCUGUUACUUUGAAGAGACCUCGGGAUUCAUGCCGGAAGCGUCACGACGUGCUUGCCGCAGAAGGACGAUCUUCGUCGAUCCUGUGCAUUGUCGUGACGAGUACGCGCGUGAGCGAGCAGGUGACAGGUGGGUGGGCGGCAUGGCUUUGAUCUCUUUGGAGGACCUCGAGGGGUUGGGCGAAGACGAGCAACUGGACGAGGACAUCACGGACAACCCCGAGCCGAUGGAGGAGGAGCAUUCGGACCGACUGCUCACUCAUUGGAGGACCGUGGCCAGCACGCACCAGGUCACCGUGCCGACAGAAAUGAGGGGGCCUAUCCACGAAAUGGCACGCCACAACCAGCAGAGGGAGCCCGUGCCUUUCGUGCCCAUUUCCUGUCAGGAGAAGAUGGGCGAGGUGAUGUGGGAGGAGCGCGCGUACCCGGCGGGCAAGUGGGCGUGCGUGCGGCAGGCUGAGGAACUUUACGAGCAGAGCAUCUCCAAGAGCUUCAUGAAGCUGAUGCGCUUCAUCUGCAAGGAGAACUCGGCAGGCGGCCACCUGGGCCUGACGGUGCCGGUGGUCAGCACGGUGAUGGUGACGGCUGACGGCCAGACGCUGGACAAGGAGGUGGAGACCGGCUUCUACCUGCCCGCCGCCUUCCAGGACGCGCCGCUGCGGCCGCACGACCCCGAUGUGGACGUGGUGCAACGCGACGCCUUCACCGUUGUGGCCAGAGCCUUCUUGGGGACGACCACCGAGGAGACGGUGACUCGCCACAGCCGCCUGCUGCGGGAGUUGUUGGGCGCCUCGGCGGCCGAGCGCCUGCGCUCCGACACCUACAUGGUGGCCGUCUACGAAAACCCUGGCGUCCCGCGCCGCCGCAACGAGAUCUGGUUCCUGCGGCGCUAGGGGGCCGCCUGCGCCGUUUUCUGCAAACAUACACAAAAACUACGCACGGCAACUCAGGUGCCGUCGUUUUUCUCGUUAGCGUGCCGAGCUCUUAGCGGCGUUAGGAAAUUGGACACUUAGUGGGGAUCAAGUCAAGUUUAUUCAAGGUGAAUAUUUUUGUAUGUUUUGACAGACAAAAAAAAAAAAACUCAGACUUGUAAUUUGAA